GAACCGUGUACUCCUGUCACUGGGUUACUCUGCACCUUCAGCGUGUAUUAUCAGUGAAAAUGGCGAGCUGGUGUGUACGAGCUGUGAGACAGAGUUACUCUGUUGUAGCAUCUCCUUCAUUAAUAAGGGCGUCCCCACGGUUCCUAUGUACAGCGGCCCAACAGAAGAACGGCCAGGGGUCAGAGGAGGACCAGAAGGCUGAGCAGAGCCCUGCAGAGAAGAUUCUGGAAGAGAAGUGCCAGCUGGAGGAGCAGCUCAAACAGAUCACGGACAAGUACAAGCGGGCGCUUGCAGACACUGAGAACCUGCGGACAAGGAGUCAGAAGAUGGUGGAAGAUGCAAAGUUGUACGGAAUCCAGGGGUUCUGCAAAGACCUGCUGGAGGUGGCGGACAUUUUAGAGAAGGCAACUGAGAGCGUGCCCAAGGAGGAGGUGUCUUCUCAGAAGAAUCCUCACCUGAAGAACCUGUACGACGGCCUGGUGAUGACUGAGACUCAGAUCCAGAAGGUGUUCAUCAAGCACGGCCUGGUCAAACUGAACCCAGAUGGGGGGCAGAAGUUCAACCCGUACGAACACGAGGCUCUAUUCCAUGCCCCCGUGGAGGGCAAAGAGCCAGGCACGGUAGCCAUAGUAACCAAAGUGGGUUACAAGCUCCAUGGGCGUACCCUGCGUCCAGCAUUGGUGGGUGUGGCCAAAGCCCCUUAAAAAAAAAAAAAGAGAGAGAUUCAGUUCUGCUUUGAUCAUGUUCUCGUGCAGGCUGCCUGGGUGACAGAUCGUAUUGGCUAAAUCAGGGUGGUCGAAGACACGCCCCCCCCCCCCCCCCAACCCUACCGUUGUCUCAAGAGGCAAGACUAUUACUGUGGACAUCAUGACCAAUCAGUGUGUUCUGAUCUCAGCAGUGGUCCUCCACCUUUAUUUUAAAAGUAUGUCACUGAAAUACAGAAAGAGAUAAGAACCUGGGUUUGGCACACUUAUGUACAUAACUGUUUUAGUGUGAUGUACAGGGACGGCUCUGUGUACUCAAUAAUUCCUUUUCAUAAAUAAAGUUCUAGUGAAUGUGGGUAACAAAGUGUUACACAACAUAGUGAUGCUGUAUUCAAGUUUGUCUGAAAUGCUUCUGACUUAAGUCACAAUAUUUUUUUUUAGCUGAUAUAGUACAGUAGAAACCUGAGGUUGUCAAAUUGUAAACUGGCAUGGUGAAAUCUUGUGCAGAUUCCCCAAAGAUGAACAAUGCUCAUGCUGAGCCAUGGAUUUUAAGUCAACUGAACGAUGUACCUCGCGACUGGCAUAUUGACCGGUAAAGUAGUUCAUUAGCUAGUUCAUCUAACAACUUGUUUGAACUGAAUGCUCUGUAGACUAGUGCCUGGACAGCAGCAUCUUAUUAAACAGGUGAAUUUUGAA